CUCGAGAGUGAGCAGAGCAGAGAGCAGAGGAGCAGAGGUCCAUCCGUCAGCAGGCAUCGAUCCUUGUUCCUUCCUCGUCCUAUCCAUCCGCAGCUGCUGCACGACGCAGAUGGCAGCAGCGACGGCGACGGCGGCGGCCUCCGUCUUGCUGCCGCGCCCCAGGCUUCCGCCGCCGCCGGCCCCGGCCGCCUUCCUCCGCUUCUGCUCCACGAAACACCAUCGGAAGCAGCGGCUGGCCGUCGUCGUCUCCCUCGCCGCCCCGCCGUUCAGCGGCGCCGCCCGUUCGUCCCGGAAGCGGAGGUGCUCCGCCGCCGCCGCCGGCCGCUCCGCGGGCGGAUCGUCGGAGAAAUGGGUCCUUGAGCCCGCAGGCGACGGCGACUGGCGGCACAUCGGCUACCGCGUGGCGCGGCCGGGCGCCAUCGAGAUCCCCACCUCCGGGGCGGUGACGGUGGGGCGGGUGCCGGAGAAGGCGGACGUGGCGGUACCGGUGGCGACGGUCUCCGGCGUGCACGCGCGGCUGGAGAUCAAGGACGACGGCACCCUGGCGGUCACCGACAUGGACAGCACCAACGGCACCUACGUCAACGAGAGGAAGCUCGUGCCCGGGUUCGCCGUCGCCGUCAACCCCGGCAGCCUCCUCAUCUUCGGUGAUAUCCACUUGGCCAUGUUCCGCGUUACGAAAGUCGUCGUUGAUGCGCCGCCGGUCACCGCCGCCGGAGACGAGCAGGAGGAAGCCAAGAGCGAGGUAGUAACGGUAGCUGAAGAAGCAAGCGGCUAAAUCCUCCUGCGUUCCUCUCUCGGGAGAUGAAGAAUGCUAGUACGUUAUGGUAUGGCCAGUACUCUCAGGAGAUGUACAGAGAUGUAUGUAAUCUGUCCGUAGCUAGAAAGAGAGGAGCAGCUGGUGUCACACACGAAAAUAAGAAGAUCCAGCAGCAAGUAUGAAGUAUCAUCAUCAAACAAGAAGCCAGCCAGUGGUUUCUGGUUAUCUCAAUGUAUAAUACUAGCUGUUGGUUAUAAGCUUGCAACAUGGAAGGCAGGAAAAAAACAAUCAAAUCAAAACCACAACUGGAAGAGAAACUAGUUACCCUCAAAAACUGGUGAAGCACUGUAAACUUUGCCUAAACUGCUGCAUGAACAUAACAAUGGUUGUCUGA